CACCCCUUGGCCACAUUCCUUAUAAAUCUCUAUCUCCUCCUCUUACCAUAACAAUCAAUAUCAGUAACAAAACGUUUGUUAAGCUAAGCAGAUCGAGGAGCACCCCCCAUCCCAACAAAAAUUAGCAUGGCUUCCCCGACGGCGAUCGUCUCCGGCCUUGCCUUGGCCACCUUGGUCUACUUCCUCCUCACCAAGCUCUUCCUCGUCGGCGGGCGAGGGCAGAAGCCUCUACCGCCGGGGCCUAGGCCGUGGCCGAUCGUCGGAAACCUUCCCCACUUGGGCCCGAUCCCUCACCACUCCAUCGCCGCCCUAGCCCGCAAGUACGGCCCGCUCAUGCACCUCCGGCUGGGCUUCGUCGACGUGGUGGUGGCCGCCUCCGCCUCCGUGGCGGCCCAGUUCCUCAAGAUCCACGACGCCAACUUCUCCGACCGGCCCCCCAGCUCCGGCGGCAAGUACAUCGCCUAUAAUUAUCAGGACAUGGUGUUUGCACCCUACGGCCCACGCUGGCGGUUGCUCAGGAAAGUCUGCGCCGUCCAUCUCUUCUCCGCCAAGGCCCUCGAUGAUUUUAGACACGUCCGCCAGGAUGAAGUGGCGGGGCUGAGCCGAGCAUUAGCGAAUAAUGGAGGUAAGCAAGCGGUGCAACUUGGGCAGGUGCUUGGGGUGUGCACAGCAAAUGCGCUGGGCAGGGUGCUGGUGGGUCGGAGAGUGUUCGGAGACAUUAGCGGCGGCAUCGACCCCAAGGCGGAUGAGUUCAAGGCAAUGGUGGUGGAGUUGAUGGUUCUGGCUGGCGUUUUCAACGUUAGCGAUUUCGUCCCACCCCUCCAAUGCCUGGACUUGCAGCGGGUUGCGGCUAAGAUGAAGAAUCUGCACCUCCGCCUCGACACCUUCCUCACCCACAUCCUCCAGGAACACGCCAACACUACUGCUGCUGAGCCACACCACGUAGUAGACUUCUUGACUUCCCUGUCUUCCGACGGAGAGGGGAGCAGGCUCACAGACACCGAAAUCAAAGCCUUGCUUCUGAACAUGUUCACGGCCGGAACGGACACGUCAUCAAGCACAGUUGAAUGGGCCGUAGCAGAGCUAAUCCGACAUCCAAAUAUCCUUGCCCAACUCCAAACCGAACUGGACUCGGUCGUGGGCCCAGACCGUCUAGUGAGCGAACAAGACAUCCCCAACUUGCCUUACCUCCAAGCCGUCAUCAAGGAGACCUUCCGUCUCCAUCCCUCCACUCCUCUCUCUCUUCCGCGUUUGGCGGCCCAAUCCUGCGAGAUCAACGGCUACCACAUCCCCAAGGGCGCCACGCUCCUCGUCAAUGUCUGGGCCAUAGCCCGCGAUCCGGAGGUUUGGUCUGACCCAUUAAGGUUCGACCCGGGGAGGUUUUUGCCCGGAGGAGACAAGCCGGGCGUGGACGUCAAGGGUAGUGACUUCGAACUGAUCCCGUUCGGGGCGGGGCGGAGGAUAUGCGCGGGCAUGAGUUUGGGUCUUCGGAUGGUUCAGCUGAUGACCGCGGUUCUGGUCCAUGCCUUUGAUUGGGAGCUAGCCGACGGUGUCGUGCCGGAGAAGCUCAACAUGGAUGAGGCUUAUGGGCUCACGCUGCAGCGGGCCGUUCCGCUGAGUGUGCACCCUAAGCCCAGGUUGCCUCCACCGGUUUACCAAUGUUGAGAAUUCUUAAUGCUACCUCACUGGAUCAGGCCCACUAAUAUGCCUAGUGCCUACCUAAAUAAUAAUUUACCAGUUUAUGUACUCAAUUGAUCUCUCUCUCUCUCUUUCUUUUGUUCUAUUGGUGAUUGAAUUGUCUAUCUUGUUAAGUUAGAACCGUUUUUAUAAAAUUGUUAGGAAUGUUGUACUUCUUUCAAUUUGGUAAUAUAAGAUAAGGAUGACUUACAUUUUGGCUCGACAAACUAAAGAACUCGUAUUCUAUGGGACUCCGAGUGACAAUUGAAUAGGUACAUCCUCUACAACAUUUGCCGUCUUGGAAAUUGGCAUGGGAAGGAAGACAAACAAGGCCAAUGAGUAGUUGUAACCAAACAUGUAAGCCAAAGCCAGUAUGCAGUAUGCACUAGUCU